AAAAAUGAACAAGUGAGAAUUACUAUUCUCGCUCUUCCUCUCCUCAUAUAUCUCUCCAUCAUACAUUUUAGUCUAUGUCAAAAUCUAUAGAUAUAAAAAAAAAAAUAGAACAAGUAAAUGGAGUUGGAAAAGGGUAAUAGAGUUAUGAUGAUGAGGGACUACAGGAAAGGAAACUGGACACUUGAAGAAACAAUGGUUUUGAUUGAGGCCAAGAAGUUAGAUGAACAAAGAAGAAUGCUAAAAAACAACCCAAAUGCACAAAGUACAUCAUCAACAAUGAAACCAUCAUCAAGUGGUGAACUCAGAUGGAAAUGGAUAGAAGAACAUUGUUGGAAAAAAGGUUGUCUAAGAAGCCAAAAUCAAUGUAAUGAUAAAUGGGAUAACUUAAUGAGAGAUUUCAAGAAAAUAAGAGAGUAUGAAAGAAGAAACAAUGAUAAUGAAGAUGAUACUAAUAAAAAAUCUUAUUGGACAAUGGACAAGAUUGAGAGGAAAAAUAAUAAUUUGCCAACAAAUAUGUUACCACAACUCUAUCAUGCUUUGGCAAAUGUGGUUGAGUCCAAAUUUGGUAGUACUGUCUCAGUUCUUCCAACCAUUGUAUUCAACCCUUGUACUACUACUACUAAUACCACCACUACUCCUCUUCCGCCGCCGCCACCACCACCACCACCGCUAUUGCUGCCACCGUCACCGCCGCCGCCAUCAGCAUUGCCUGCACAAGAAUCAUCAACAAAAAGAAAAAAGCCAAGUGAUGGAGAAAGAAGCAUUUCAGAAGAAAUAAGUACAAGUUCAAGUUUGUUAAUUGAAGCAAUUAAAGGGUUUGAAGAAAGGGAAGAAAGAAGGCAUAAAGAGUUGUACGACUUGCAUCAAAAGAGGUAUAAGCUUGACGAGUCAAAGAUUGAGUUGGAAAGACAAGGUUUUGAUAAAUUGGUUGAUGCCAUUAAUAAUCUUUCCAAUUCUAUCAUUGCUUUCACUUCACAAAGGACUCAUCUCUAACUAUUAAUAUUUUAUAUUCUUCAAAAAUCAAUUAAAUAUAUGGUGGUAGGGACUAGAGAUAUAUGUAUAGUGAUGAAUGAUACCCUUUUUAACUCCUUUUUCUUUU